GUUUAGUCAAGUGAAGAAUGAGGAAAAGCCUUCUAGUUACAAAGUGAACGAGUCCACGGGGCAACGAGUCUGCUCCGUUACUCUUCAGCCAUGGCAACUUUGUUACUCCGUCCACUGACGGCGUUUCUCUUCUUCUCAUUGGCAGCACAUGUUUGGGGUUCCAACAUCUGCACAUCGAGAGGAGUUACCACUUGUCAACAGUGCUUGGCUGUUCACCCCACCUGUGCAUGGUGCUCUCAGACGGACUUUGGGAAGGGAUCCACUGCGUCCCGGUGUGACCUGAAGGAGAAUCUGGUGGAUGAAGGAUGCACUAAAAGCUCUCUGGAGUUUCCCUCCAGCACCCUGACGAUUCAAGAGGACGCAGCGCUCAGUAGCAAGGCCUCGGGUACAGGUGAUGUCACCCAGAUAAGGCCUCAGAAACUUCACAUGGCACUAAGACCAGGUGAUUCAAAGCAUUUCACAGUGUCGGUGAAACAGGUGGAGGAUUACCCGGUGGACCUCUACUACCUUAUGGAUCUUUCAUUUUCCAUGAAGGACGACUUGGCUCGCCUUCGCACUUUGGGCAAUGAGCUUGCCGUGACCAUGGGCCGCACCACCAGCAAUCUGCGCAUGGGCUUUGGAGCCUUUGUGGAUAAGACCAUGGGCCCUUACAUGUACACCUAUCCACCAGAGGCUGUGACAAACCCUUGCAAUGGGAUCAGUGAAACAUGCCUGGCUCAGUUUGGGUUCAAGCAUGUACUAACACUGACAGAGAAGGUAGCGCGAUUCACCGAGGAGGUGGAGAAACAGCAGGUGUCCAGAAAUAGAGAUGCUCCAGAGGGUGGAUUUGAUGCUGUCAUGCAGGCUGUGGUGUGCAAGGAUAAAAUUGGCUGGCGCCCCGAUGCUUCACACUUACUGGUUUUCACCACCGAUGCCAAAACUCACAUCGCACUGGACGGACGCAUAGCAGGCAUCGUCCAGCCCCACGAUGGCCUGUGUCACCUUGAUGAUGACAAUAUUUACAACAAAACUAAUGAACUGGACUAUCCCUCGUUGGCCCUCAUGACUGACAAAAUGUCUGAGAACAACAUCAAUUUAGUAUUUGCUGUGACCAACAUUGUGGAGCCACUCUACAAGGAGUACAGUCGCCUCAUGCCUGGCACAACAGUGGGAACAUUGUCCGGUGAUUCUGGGAAUGUUAUUCAGCUCAUUGAAGAGGCUUAUGCGAAAAUUCGCUCUAAAGUGGAGCUGGAACUCCUGGGAGUCCCGGAGGAGUUGCAUCUGUCCUUCGAUGCCACUUGCCUCAAUGGAGAGAUCAUACCCGGACUCCGGUCCUGUUCUGGCCUCAGUAUUGGAGACACGGUGUCAUUCAGUGUUGAGGCUGAGCUGCGCGGCUGCCCGAAGGAGAAGAACAGCACUUUUACCAUCAAACCCCGCGGCUUCAAAGACGCCCUGGUGGUCACGGCGGACUUCGCCUGCAACUGCGAAUGUGAGGCCAAAGCAGAGGCGGACAGUCCAGUCUGCAGCAACGGCAACGGGACGUAUGAGUGCGGCGUGUGCCAGUGUCACGAGGGUCGUCUGGGUCCUCAUUGUGAGUGCUCAGUGGAGGACUACAAUCCAUCUGACGACGCCAACUGCAUCCCAAACCCGGACAGUCCAGUCUGCAGCGGGAGAGGCGACUGUUUGUGCGGACAGUGCACGUGCCGCGCAAAUGAGUUUGGCCAAGUGUGGGGAAAGUACUGCGAGUGUGACGACUACAACUGCUUGCGCUUUAAAGGGGCACUUUGCUCUGAUCACGGGAAGUGUAGCUGUGGCUUCUGCCAGUGUGAUGCCGGCUGGAAAGGAGAAAACUGUAACUGCUCCACACGUAUAGACACCUGCAUGUCCAGCAUCGGCCUGCUGUGCAACGGCCGCGGAAACUGCGAGUGCGGGAUUUGUCAGUGCACUCAGCCCGGUGCCUACGGAGCCACCUGUGAGAAGUGCCCCACCUGUCCUGAUUCUUGCACUAUAAAGAAGGAGUGUGUCGAGUGUCAGCAUUUCAAACGUGGCCAGUACACCAGUGACAACAGCUGCAAUAGAAUCUGCAAGGAUGAAAUCAGAGUAGUGGAAGAUCUGGGUGGUGAACUAGUUUCCCAAACAUCCUCCACAAAUGCAGUGAACUGCUCGUACAAAGAUGAAGUCGACUGCAUGGUACACUUCCAGUACUACGAAGACGAAACUGGCAAAUCCAUUUUGUUUGUGGUGAAAGAGCCAGAGUGCCCCGAGGGCGCGAACAUCUUGGUCGUGCUCUUGUCGGUGGCCGGAGCCAUUCUUCUCCUGGGCCUUGCUGCUCUCCUCAUCUGGAAGUUACUGAUCACCAUCCACGAUCGCAGAGAGUUUGCCAGGUUCGAAGAGGAGAGAUCCAAAGCCAAGUGGGACACGGCCAACAACCCCUUGUAUAAAGGAGCCACAUCCACCUUCACCAACGUAGCGUACCGAGGAAACUGAUGACGAAACGACUUGAGGAAAACUCAGGGGUCAGUGACAAAGACGGAAUGUAGUAGCACAAAGAUGGAUGGUGGAGUGCAAACACUGCUAUGUGACUCGCUACUGUAGCUGAGAAGUAAUUACUGCUGUCAACAGUGUGAAAGGGUGAAAAUAACUGUACAUAAUGUAAAAAAAAACUAGAACUAGAGCUGUUAACUUACAGUAAGUCAUCAGUGGUUAUGUGUUCCUGGUUUCCUUUUGUGCAUGUGACUGACACUCAGAUCAGUCAGCUAGACACUCAGACCACUGUCUGGUUCCACUUGCAAUAGCUGCUGCUGCUUCCUCUGUCACAUUUUGUGGUCAUUUGGUGAAAAAACCACUGAAAAGCUGUUUGAGAAUUUUUACUUUUUCCCACAAGUAGUUUAGUUAAAGUUAGCAAGUAACUAUGUAAUGCAUUAAUGCAUAUUUUGAGGGUUUCCCCAAGCUUUGGUGUAUUAUUUACAUCUAAUUGUCUGCAAUUGCGUUUCAGAUUAAUCUCUACCAAGUUUAGCCAUAUAAAUAAAAUGUGCACUAACGAAUUUUAAUGCCCCACAGAGCACAUGCGUUGAUGCCUCUCAUUUCUUAUUAUACCUUCUGGUUUUUUUUGUUCUUCUUUUAAAACUGUUUUGUUAAUGGGUGAGUUCACACACUCUGGUAGACCUGGUUUACACUGAUGAUUGUGAUCUAUGUUGUCUUUGAAAAGCACACUGGCAGUGGUACUGUGGCGGUUUUAUUGGUUCAGCCGUGGAAACCGUAUUUGUUGUUGAAUGUUGAGUUUGUUUCAUUUUCUACUGAGCAGCACUGUGUUACACUGAAAUAUCAUAUUCUAUAUCCUGUGUGUAUGAGCAGAUUUGGCCAUAAUGUGAUAAUGUAUGAUGAACUUGCUCUUUUGUAAUAUAUUUGAGUCUAUGGGAGAUAACACAGCUAAAUCUUAGGCUGUACAGCUCUCAGGACAUGGUGUGAAAUCUCACUGUUUGAUUUGUUUGUUUGUUUGUUUUUGCACAAAAAGAAGCCUGUGGUUGAUCUCUAAUUCUUCACAUGGGAAUUAAAAAAGAUCCAUUAUACCAUAA